AUGGUUCGUCUCUCCGCGUCCUCGUCUCGUCGCCCUCGUGCUCUGGUCGUCAACUGGGCCCUGCGGCGACGGUCUCGACCGAAACCGCCUCGCCGAGUCACUUACCGAGGAGCAGGUCUCCGAGUUCAAGGAGGCUUUCUCUCUGUUUGCCAGAUCACCACCAAGGAGCUCGGCACCGUCAUGCGCUCGCUCGGCCAGAAUCCCUCCGAGUCUGAGCUACAGGACAUGAUCAACGAGGUCGACGCCGACAACAACGGCACCAUUGACUUCCCUGGUACGUUUGACCGUUGA